GUAGAGUCAUAAGAAGUCAACGAACUUUCAACUUCCGACUAUCAAUCGUGUUCCUAAUAAGUACCACAUGUCAAUGAACGUUACGGGACGUUACACUGCCCAGCUGCAGAAAUUCGUGGUAUCUGAUCAGAUGCAUUGUAAUUCAAACACCGCUGUCCUGUUUUAUGUUUGACGAUUGGCCUAUUCUGCAAAUGUCUGUGGCCGGCACUCGGGCUGCAAUUAUGAGACCAGAAAUAAUGCCUUACACUAUCGCAGUCAGAACCAUCGACACCACUGCCGGCGACCCUGGUUUCACGGUCGUCGAGAAAACUGUGUGGUAUUACGCCAAUGGCGGGACGUGGUCUAACACAGACUCUAUAGAGACCCUCGUCAUGGGCGGCAGCGGCACGUCUGGUGCGCUCCGCUUCAGAAAUGGCGCCGGGGAGGACUUCCUAGUGACGCUGGGCGUCCAUAACUAUAAUGUAUGGUGCGACGCCGUCAUUGACCUCGCGCCUGGAGACACGGGCUUGAAGAUUCACCCCGAGUACUACACGGCUGGCCCUAGGAAGUCAAAUUGGACUCAACUAGCUGAGGUCCGGAAGACGAGCGCAAAGGGAACUACAGUGGAUGUCAAGUUCGUCACGCAGGAGGGACACGACUUGGUCGUCCACAUUACUAUUUCUUGAGUUGUCGUAGUACCAAAGGAGUUGUGGGACGGCGGCCCGGACGUACGAUUGGAAAUCGAAUGUACUAUUGCCAAGGCGAGCUCGAUAUAAGUGAUUUGAUAGCGAACAUGCUUGAGAAGAACUUU